AGCUGUUGUGCUAUGGUGGAAGAGAUUGCAGCGCAGGGUAAUAGUGGAAUGAAAGAAUAAUUUGAGAAAAACGCACGAUAUUGCUCUGAAUCACAAGCGUGUGUAUGUGAAGAGUUUACGAGGGCCUCCACAAGUCCUAAUCAGCUGCUAUCCUCCAUUUCGGAUCCAAGGGAUGAGUGGGGGACAUAACUAGCACAGCAGACGUAUACACUAGCAUGCUCUUCAACUUUGGAUUUAUGGAUACUUCAGGAUGAAACGCCUCAGGUCUACAAGCAGCAGUGACAGUUCAGACAAUGAGAGUCCCUCAACCUCCUUCUGCUCCUCCAACAAGUAUGGUGGCCAAGCUGAAACCCCCACCACCAUGCCAAAGAAACCUGCAGAGGUGUUCCGAAAAGACCUGAUCAGUGCCAUGAAGCUGCCGGACUCCCACCAUGUGUCUCCGGAGGAUUACUACCUCCUGGCUGACACCUGGAGGCAGGAGUGGGAGAAGGGCGUGCAGGUGCCUGCAAGCCCGGACACCAUCCCCAAGCCGUCUCUCAGGGUCAUCGCGGAGAAGCCCAAGGAGAACCUGUUCAGCCGGCAGAGGAAGUACAUCCAGUGCUGGGCCCAGGAGCCCACGGAGCCCGGCUACGUCAACAUCCUGGAGCUGGCCGAGGCCAUGUGCCGCUACGACCUGGACGACAUGGACCUGCACUGGCUGCAGGAGCUCAACGCCGAGCUGGGAGAGAUGGGGGAGGCCCCGGUGGACGAGCUGACCAUGGAGCGUGUGAUGGAGGCCCUGGAGCGGCAGUGCCACGACAACAUGAACCACGCCAUCGAGACGGAGGAGGGGCUGGGCAUCGAGUAUGACGAGGACGUGAUCUGUGACGUGUGCCGCUCGCCCGACAGCGAGGAGGGCAACGACAUGGUCUUCUGCGACAAGUGCAACAUCUGCGUGCACCAGGCCUGCUACGGCAUUGUGAAGGUGCCCGAUGGAAACUGGCUGUGCAGGACGUGUGUGCUGGGCAUCGACCCUCAGUGCCUGCUCUGCCCCAAGAAGGGCGGCGCCAUGAAGGCCACGCGGGCGGGCACCAAGUGGGCGCACGUCAGCUGCGCCCUCUGGAUCCCGGAGGUGAGCAUCGCCUGCCCGGAGAGGAUGGAGCCCAUCACCAAGGUGUCCCACAUCCCGCCCAGCCGCUGGUCCCUCAUUUGCAGCCUCUGCAAGCUGAAGACGGGCGCCUGCAUCCAGUGUUCAGUGAAGAGUUGCACCAUCCCCUUCCACGUGACCUGCGCUUUCGAGCACUGCCUGGAGAUGAAGACCAUCCUGGACGAGGGCGACGAGGUCAAGUUCAAGUCCUACUGCCUGAAGCACAGCAAGCCCAAGGCGGGUGACCCGGGCCUCAGCCCCGCCCGCCACAAGGCCCCCUCCGACACGGAGAAGGUGGGCCUGCGGGCGCAGAAGCUGAAGGAGCUGGAGGAGGAGUUCUACAUGCUGGUGCGGCCGGAGGAGCUGGCCCAGGACAUGGGCCUCCCCCAGUACGUGCUGGACUUCGUCUUCCAGUACUGGAAGCUCAAGCGCAAGAGCAGCUUCAACAAGCCCCUGCUGCCGCCCAAGGAGGGCGAGGAGAACCUGCUGCUGCAGCCCAAGGAGGACAGCGUGCACACCCGCAUGCGCAUGUUCAUGCACCUGCGCCAGGACCUGGAGAGGGUGAGGAACUUGUGCUACAUGGUGAGUCGAAGGGAGAAACUCAAACUGUCCCAGAGCAAAGCACAGGAGCAGAUCUUCAACCUCCAGGUGCAGCUCAUCAACCAGGAGCUGUCUGCAGGCCUCCCUCUGUCCUAUCCACUGGAGAGCGCCUUGUUCCGGCCUCCCCCGCGAAUCACGCUCAAGCUGAAGAUGCCUAAAAUGAUCCUGGGGAAUGGGAAGACCAGUUCCAAAUCGGGGAACGGGCCCCUGUGCCCCGACACCAGCGCCAACGUGUUCGACCGGGGCGGGGGCGGGGCAGCCCAGGGGAAGCCCCAGCACCACCCGGGGCGGGGCCGGAGGGAGGACCACGCCAACGGCCUGCUGCCCGGGACAGGCCGCCCCCGUGGGGAGGGGGAGCCUGGCGGCAAUCAGCCGCUGCCCGUCAAACCGUCGGGCAAGCCGCUGGCGCUCCACGCCGCCCUCCAUGGGCGCUCCCCCAACGGGAACAGCGGCAAGCCCGAGCAGCAGCGGGCGCGACCGCCCAAGUCCAACGGGGUCAUGGAUAAGCCCGCGGCGCAGAGAGACACUUCCUGCCAAACCGCUGGCGAGCAGGAGAUGGCCGACAAGCUGGCGGGCAGGGACGGGCCCCCCGGCGUCUUCGGCCGGUCCCUGAAGGAGGCCACCGUCUGCAUGGUACGGACCGCCGAGGACCUGCGGGGGGGCGGGGGCGACAAGCCUUCCAGGAAGGGCUCCGCCAAAGACCGGCCGUGGGCCAAGGCGGCGCCCGAGCGGCAGGCGGGCAAGGCCCGGUCCUACCAGGAGAACGACGGGUACUGCCCCGACCUGGAGCUCAGCGACUCGGAGCCGGAGGCCAAGGGCAGGCGGAGGCAGGGGCGGGCGGCGGGGGGCGGCGGCCUGCAGGAGGGCAGCCCCAGCCGGGACUACAGCAGGGGCGGCCGGGGCAAGCUGGCGCCCGGCUCCAGGGCGUCCGUGCAGAGGUGAUGACCCCUCACAGCGACGCCUCCCCCGAGUUUCCCCCCCUCAGAGCUCUGUUACUUCCUGUUGUGGAGACCGUCACAAGUGCCAUGCUCACCCUCCGCCCUCCCCCUGCUCGCACCGCGGUCGUGUUGCCCGGAGAGGGGGGGGGAGAGGGCAGAGCUGAGCUUAGCUUCUCUGCUACGGGGACCUGAGCCAGAAGAGCAGCUACGACCGCCAAUUUCUGGACGCCCCCCUUCUCCUCUCUCCCCUCGAUGCGCUCCUGCUGAGUUUAUUAACCCCCCCCCCCCCUUCAUCCCCCCCGAAGUGACAGUGUCUGCCAGACAGCUCCACCAGCUCCCCGCCCUCAUGUGUCUCCGUCUCUGUCAUUACACUGUGUUUUAAGGGGAGGGGACUGUAGCGGGACGAGAGUGUGAAUCGUUUGCCUUUAUCUGCGCACAGCUGGGUUUCCACAUUUAAAAGUGAGUUUGAUCCACGCCAUCACCAUGUCUUAUCUAGGAUAGAGCUGCCAUUUUCCAGUGUUGUGUAAAUAUUUAUUUGAGGGGAAAAACACCAGUUGUAUAGGUUGUAAGGGGGGGGGGGGGGGACGCCUUGAAAGACCCCUGAUGAAAAAUGACCCGUGUGUUUAUGAAAAGGUCUUCGAAGCAGAUGGAGGAGGGUUUGCUGAAAGACAGCUACACAAGCUAUGGCCAGUCGGUCUGAAGGCAUUGAUAAAAAGGUGGCAAAUUAGAGAACCUGGAUUCCCGUGUCUGCUGUCUCCUUUGUACUCUUAGAUUUAGCAUGCUUUCUUUCCUGUUGCUUCUGUUUGUUUUUUUUUUUUUUUUUUUUUUUAAAGGAAGAUGUAAGUCCGUGUGAACACUUGACAGUUUUUCCAGUUCUUCCAACAGUACGCACAGGUGUGGAGAGAGAGGCUGUUUGUGUGCAUUGUCUCCUUUGCUAGAGUCAUUUGUGGGUUCAGUACAGCUUUUAAGGAAGCAUGUGGGUAUCAGUUUUUGAUGCACUAGUUUUUCAUGUGUGAGCUUGUGGUGCUAUCUGGACACCCUUAAGGCAACACUGUCUAUAACCAAAAGUAAACCUCAGUGACAGGAAGGCUGUGGACGGUGUCCCCUCCGAACACAAAACAAAAGCGGUUGUCCUAGCUGUUAAUGACGUUAUCUCCAUCAGUAUAAGCGCCUCAGUAUACACUGAGGUCUCUCGUUUAACUGCCUCAGUCCAAACCGGUCCUUUUACCACUAGACUGAAUCCACAUGUGUGAUCCCUCAAGUUCCAGAGCUUUACGCUUUCCCCAGUUCACACUGAACAGGAAACAACAGAUCAAAGCAGCAGCUGGUGGAAGGGGAGUGAGGGUGGGUGCAUCGGUCUGCCCCUUUACAAAGAAAUAAAAGACCUUUAAUUUUCUUAAGGAACCAGUUGCUCAUUGCUGUGACCAGCACACUGAGAACAGAUAACCAAAGUACACUAAUAAAAGUCAAAUAAUUAUCUGUCUGAGAAAGUUGUCUUUAAAUUGUCCUUAUGUAGUCUAUGUCUUGACCCCCCUCAUCUGGUACAGUUACCGCGUGUUCCCAGAAUUGAAGCAGGGGGUUGAUAAGGAGUGGAGUCUACAAAAGAGCCCAUAUCCCUGAGUGAUAGCCCAUUCUGAGAAGAUGCAACUUGCUCACAGAGAUUCUGAGCAUGCUCACAACAACCCCCCCCCCCAUUCAUAAGCGGAGGGAGUUCACUUCAGUUAUCAUUUCGAACACCAUAAAUGAACUUUUUUUCCACAUGUCAGUUUCCCACCGCAUUAGUUGUGGGGAGAAAAACUAUUUAAACACUGUGGCGGGCUAAGAAAUAAGUGUGAAAUGCGGAGAAGGUUCCUCUGGCUUACAGAAAUAAUGAUCCGAACGGGGGAAGACCGCUUUGCUCUGUAAAACUGUCCUCUAGUGCCACUUUUCUUAAACGCUGGGUCAGAUCAAGGCUGUGGCAGACCCACGAUUUGACCUUCCAUAUUAUUGUAUUUAAGUCAAUACAACGAUACAUUUAAAUAUUAUGACACUGAACAGUAGGUCCCCUGGCUCUGGAGUAGUUUCCAGUUACCGCUUUCGCCGACACAAGAAGCGACUCCAAACAUUUUAAUUGGUUUAAUUACGUGAAUGGUGCUACUCAACUGUCGAAAUUGAGCCAAGAAAAAAGCUACAGCGGCGAGCGGCCCGCGGACCUUGAAAAAAGACGAGCGGUUGUGAAAGGUUGAGGAACCCUACGGCGAAGGCCGGCAUCGCCGGCGGGAGAGCCGUCCCGCGGGUCACACCGUUGAUCUCCGGUGCUCAGUGUACUGUACCGAUAAUCUGGAAACGCUUUACUUCCCCCCCCCACCCCCCCGGCGAGACGAGGAGGGGAGGCGCUGUUUACUGUCGCAAGUCGUCCGACUUGACGUCACCUCUUGCUCACAAACUGCGAACUAGAGCCAACAGCGAAGGGACUGUGAGAGUUUGAAAGACUGCCGUCGACCAGCAGUCUCCUUCUGCUGCCGCCGAUACUUGCAGUUUAUUUACUGGUGUAAAUUCGUCUUUGAAGGAACACUACCCGGGCUAUUUAUUGCACAUCGUGCAACAUGUCAUUAUUAGAAGUCAGAAGGAAGUAUAAUUGCUGUACGUGUUCAUUGAUAUGAUUUAUGUGUUCCAUGAACUUGUUAGAUGAACUUGUUAUUGAAUUGCGCUGCAUCUUGUUGCGGCCAGUUGAAGACAUUGUAAUGAUAUGAAUGCAUUACUCACAACAAAAAGCUGUUUGCUUUCUUUUAGAGCAAAAACACAAGGAACCUCAGUUUUACACUAAGGUUAUCCAAUUACAGUGAGAUGAA